AUGCUGCAGAGGGCACGGGAGAUCGAGAUGCCGUGGGACGUGGAGGCGCGCGUGCCUGCCACCUCCAGCGAGGAGGAGACGCUGCUGCAGGACUCCGCCAGCGGCUUCGCCCACGGCAUCGCGCGGUGUCCCAGGGCUUCUCGCUGGGCCGGCGUCGCCGCGCUGCUGCUGUGCGGCGCGGUCGCGGCGCUCGGCAUCGAGGGUGGCGCCGGGCGCCCAGCGGACGCCGGGCACCCGCCGCAGAGGGCCACCGUGUUCCCGCCGCACCCGCCUCGGAGGGCAGAUGCACGGGAGCUCGCCGCGAUACUCGCCGGAAAGGUCCAGAUGCUGCAGGAGGUGCCAGAGACCAGCGAGGCGUUCCAGGCGGCCAAGGAGUCGUUCAAGAAUGCCUCGGGUGCAGCGUUCAGCGGCUCGGAGUUCGACGCGGAGUACGCGAAGGCCUUAUUCGACAACCUCACCAAGGGUCUGGGGCCAAAGAUGACGAGGGACGACAACAACACGUGCGCUGACGACGAAGAGAUACACGCGGGCCUAUGCUACAAGACCUGUGAGCUCCUGACCAACGGCACCCAUCCGUACCGUACUUCGGCCAUGUCUUGCUGCCCAACGAAGAACUUCUGCAGCCCGCUGAAGAUGCGGUACAAAAUGUCCAUAUGCGGCGGCUUUGACGUCGCUGGCGACAGUCAAGGAAUCUCGAAGUGCCCGCACCCGCCCGGGACCUGCCUGCUCAACGAGGAGCUGUACAUGGGCACGUGCUAUGCGAAGUGCUCGGACCUCACGGGGGGCACGUUCACCAACCGAAUCUCCCCGAUGACUUGCUGCAAGAAAAUCGGGUACAAGUGCAUGGACCCCCGGAACCUGAAGACGUCGACCUCGCACAACGUCGGCGGCGGCGCGGUCGACAACGACCCAGCCACUCCCGCGGGGGCGCACUCCCCGAUGACCUCUCUCACCAGGUAG